AUGACACCUUUAGAAAAUAAAGAAGAAAGAGCCUCCGUCAGUGAAGCAUUUAGUUCUCAGGCUAAUUUUGAUGCUGGUGAGAAAAAGAUUUAUCGAUUAUUACUGAAAUCGAUUAAAGAAUAUAACCGAAUAUUUGAAGAAGUAGAUAAAUCAGGCAAUAAAACCUGCUCAGAAUGCUUAACCGAACAACUAGAAAUAACUAAACGAGAAACUGGUCAAGAGUUAACUAUUGAAACCGAGCCAUUAGAACCAAAAGAAUUAAUUAAACCUUGUCAAUUCUGUUCUAAACCUUACUCCCAAUCCCAAUUAAAACCCCGUCAUAUUAAAAACUUACCUAAUCAUGACCCAAGAGAAAUAAUUCUUAUCUGUCAAGAAUGUUUAACUUAUCGAGCCACAAAAGCUGAUUAUUAUUGUCCUCUCACUUCCAAGGGACGAGACACUUAUGAAGGAAAUGAAUAUGAUUGUUAUUGCCAAGCUUAA